GUAGCAUAGCACUAUCACAGUCCCCCCUUCUGCCACCCACCGGCAUUGCCAAAGCCGCCUGCUACACAGCACAUUGCGUGCUAGCCGACGCUCAGCCCAUCGCAGCGGCGUCCGCUGACUAAUCAACCCUCGCUCGGGAUUGCGAAAACCACGCAUCAUACAUAGAUAGAUGCCCGUCGUAGCCGCUCUCGCAUUUGUGGCGUCGGCUCGGAUUCCGUUACUCGGACCUACCGCAGUUCCCGUAUUCUAUAUAAGGGACUGGAGCAAGGCUUGCGCAAUUUCAUGGUUUGGUGUGUUUCGCACUCCUCGGAGCUUUCGGAGGACAUUGAUGACAAACGCGUCUCUCAAGAGCGCCAGGCACAUUGGGACAUUUCACAUCCCAUCUUUCGGAUUCGGACCUCACCUUGGCUUACAUAUAGACGCGAGGGUUCGGGUUCGGAAGUCUGUUGCAGGAUGACCGGCCAUUGACUGACCAGAGCCUUCUCGGUGUGUAUGUUUGUCGAAUG